AGCUCCGCGUACUCGGGCUACCGGGGCAACUACAAAGUCACGCGCGUGGCCAGCCGCACGUCCAUGGCGUCGGCGCUCUACGUCAAGUCGCAGUACCGUGUCUCCUUAGACCUCUCAGCCAAGGAAAUCUCGCUUUUGCGGUACAUGUGGAACCAGAUGCUUGGCGAGGAGCUGGCGGAGGAGAAAAGCGGCCGCCCCAGCUCCGCGUUGCCAAUCCCGGGCUCGCUCUGGGCCCAGGCCAAGGAGAAGCCCGCGUCCAGCACGCCGCGCCAUGCGCUCGGCGCGUCGUCCAUGUUCUGCUCGCAGUUGUACCUGAACUUGCUCACCAUGGACCCGGGGCUCGAGGUGGAGUUCCCGCUGCUCCGGCACCAGGCGGUAUCCAUGGCCGGCGUGCUUUCGCUCGCGGUCAACUCGUUCGAGAACUUGGCCCAGCUCGACGACUACCUCGUGGAGUUGGGCAACCGCCACUCGCGCAUCUUGGGAAUCGAGCCUGCGCAAUUCGAGUUGAUGGGCGAGGCGUUUAUCCAGACGUUCCACGAGCGUUUCGGCACGCGGUUCACCCACGAGUUGGAGGUGCUCUGGAUCAAGUUCUACAUGUACUUGGCCAACUCGUUGCUCCAGUUCGGGCUCGACCCGGUGAUGCGGCCCGACUACAUGCACAACGGCCCCUACGCCGUGGCGGACCUGGCGGCCGAGCUGAUCUUCACGGCGGAGUCCGACGACAUCAUGACUAUGAACAACUCCAUGCAACGCGAGUACACUGCGACGGACAUGUCGUCGAUGGGCUCCAUGCCCAAAGCGUCCAGCUUUGCCCGCCACGGCAGCGUGGGCGGCACGAGUCCCAUGGACAAGACGGGCGUGUCUCUGGUACUGGCGCAGGCGUCACAGCCAGCCCGCACCAAGAAGAAG